AUGUCCCAACUAGCAACAUCGUGCACAUCAUGUAGAAGUAGAAAAGUACGUUGUAGUGGUACAAAUCCAUGCACAGCAUGUCUAAAGAGAGGUGAUAAUUGUGUUUUCAAGCAAAAGUUGAAGCCUGGUUUGAAGAAAGGUACUGGAAGGGAGUUGCAGGGGAGGUUAGCAGAGCUGGAGAGUAAAUUGGCUGCAAUGGAAGGCGAAUCCCUCUCAACCGAUCAAAUAUCUCAGAUUACAAGUUUAUACUUCCAAUCGAUACACUCUCAUCAUCCAUUUCUAACCACAAACCAAUUUUUAACGCGAAUUACAUCCCUCGCUAUCCUCACCACUACCCUAUCUUUCAUAGCCCACGAUUACUCGGCACCUGCUAUCACUCCCACUCAAAACCCACAUGACAUCAUCCAGCGUAUGACCAAUGACAUCAUCAUUCAGGCACACAACUCAAUCAACCUUGAUUCUCUUCAGGGACUUACCAUAUUAGCCUGGUUAUCAUUGAGAGACGCCCAUCCACCCAAUCGCUGGCUACACCAAAUGUCGCUCUCCCGUGCAAUCAACUUGGCUUUCAAGAACUGCGACAACAAAUCCCCAUUCAUGCAGCCAACUCCUCUCCUCUCUUUCGAUCCCACAUCACACCAAUCCAUUAACCUAUACUGGUCUGCGUUUAUUAUUGACCGCCUCGCCUGUUUCACAACUGGUUGGUCUUUCGGUGUUGAGGAUUUCCAUGUCCCUCUACCAGAACACAGCUAUCAAAACCCACAAUACGGAUCUUUACGCCCAACUGCCCAAUUGUUUCUCUUCAACGACGCAACACACGCUCUCUUCUCUCAGCCCACUAACCUGUCUGACUUGGCCGAGGUGAUCGAAUGGCGGCGGCAACACGAUGCUUUAUCAUACAGACUAGAUACAUUACUAGCAACACAAGCGCAAGAUGUGCAAGAUGGACAAGACAUCACCCAAUCACAUCCCCUCCUCCCCCUCCUCCAACAAGCCACCAUCCUGCGCCACCACUCUCAUCUCGCAUACCCGCCCCACACGACGGCGCAUUUUGCAGCUGAUGCAUGUGCGCAGCAGCGGUGUGAGCGUGCAGCGGAGUGCAUAACGGAUAUAGCACUCACCCAAACAGCGCUCAUAACGAACAGCACACAUUACAACGCCAGUCUUAAAGGUGUCACCGCUAACCCCAUUUCUGUGUGGUGUAUUUGGGUAGCUGCGCGCAAUCAUCUGCUGGCGUAUACUAUGGCUUAUACCACGACUGAUGCUGAUACUGGUGCUGGUACGCGGGGGCGUGAAGAUGUUGAAACGCCGCAUAAGUUGCACACCCCACUUACACCACGUACAUCACACAAGGUCCCUGGUCUACCCUUGCAGUUCUACCAACUCGUCCAAUCUCUUCGCGUCCUCGCUCCGACUUCUCGGCUUGCACAUAUAUAUGCAGAUGUACUCGACAAAAUAACCACAAGUGACGAAGCUUGCUCUAUUCUAGCCGUUCCACGUACUUCAUUUACGGUGUUGCGCGAUGCAAGUACAAGUGAAUCUCACAUUGACACACCUUCUCAUAAUCACACUCCUAUACCCUCCCACUCCCUUUCAUCAGAUCUAGACGUUCUAUUUCAGGAUAUUUUUGCCUCUUUUGGAUAA